AUCACUUGAUUCCAUUGCAUAAACCCUUUCUUUCUUCUCCAAACCCAGUUUCCCAAUCCUUCCCUAUGUGGAGAAACAUUGCUAAACAAGCAAUUUUGAGGUCAGCUACUAGAUCAAACGUCAGUUCCAAAACUCGUGGCUUUCUUGGGUCUUCUCCGGAGUCUAUUUUCUUCAAAAAUUUAAGCUUUCGGUUUCCCGUGUUCGGUUCCAUCUCGGGAUCGCCAUGUCACGAAAUGGGUGUUCGUAGUUUAAGUGGGAUCACAAGGCGAGAUGAAUUUUCCAAGAGCGAGAGGUGUCUUAAUGGGACUUUGGCUAGAGGGUACGCGAGUGUAGCUGAAGAGGUCUUAUCAACAGAUGUUGAGGAAGAGCCUGAGGUACAUGAAUUGUUGAAGGAGAUGAAGAAAGAGAAGAAGAGAGAGAGUCAUCGUUCGUGGAGGAUGAAGAAGCAAGAACAAUUUGGAAUGGGUCGUACCAAGUUUCAGAAUUUAUGGAGAAGACAAGUUAAGAUCGAGACUGAAGAGUGGGAAAGAGCUGCUGCAGAGUACAUGGAGCUUUUGACGGAUAUGUGUGAGCAAAAGCUUGCCCCUAAUCUGCCUUAUGUGAAGUCGUUGUUUCUGGGUUGGUUCGAACCAUUACGAGAUGCAAUUGCUAAAGACCAGGAAUUGUAUAGAUUAGGGAAGAGCAAAGCAACUUAUGCACAUUACCUUGAUCAGUUGCCUGCCGACAAGAUAUCUGUUAUUACAAUGCACAAGUUGGUGGGGCAUUUGAUGACUGGUGGUGAUAACGGUUGUGUUAAGGUUGUUCAUGCUGCGUGUACAGUAGGCGAUGCCAUUGAACAAGAGAUAAGAAUAUGCACAUUCUUGGAUAAGACCAGGAAGAAAAAAGGGGAUGACAAUGAGGAGAGCGGGGAAGUUGAAAAUGGAACUUCUAUGAAGGAACAAGAUAAGUUAAGAAAAAAGGUCAAUGAGUUGAUAAAGAAACAGAAGUUGUCAGCAGUUAGAAAGAUCUUGCAGUCACAUGACUACACAAAACCAUGGAUCGCAGAUGUUAGGGCUAAGGUUGGAAGUCGUCUAAUAGAGUUACUCGUAAGAACAGCUUAUAUACAGUCUCCAGCUGAUCAGCAGGAUAAUGAUCUGCCUGAUGUCCGACCUGCAUUUGUGCAUACCUUCAGGAUAGCGCAAGGAAGCAUGAAUUCUGGGAGAAAAUAUGGUGUAAUCGAGUGUGACCCUUUGGUCCGAAAAGGCUUGGAAAAAAGUGGGAGAUAUGCAGUGAUACCAUACAUGCCAAUGCUGGUUCCUCCUCUCAAAUGGUCGGGAUACGACAAAGGUGCUUACUUGUUCUUAGCAUCUUAUAUAAUGAAAACUCAUGGAUCCAAACAACAAAGAGAGGCACUUAAGAGCGCACCUAAAGGACAACUACAACCAGUCUUUGAGGCCCUGGAUACGCUUGGAAGUACUAAAUGGAGGGUAAAUAAGCGAGUCUUAACGGUUGUAGAUAGGAUAUGGAGCAGUGGCGGAUGUACUGCUGAUCUGGUGGAUCGCAGCGAUGUUCCUUUACCAGAAAAGCCUGAUACUGAAGAUGAGGGCAUUCUUAAGAAAUGGAAGUGGGAAGUCAAAUCUGCUAAAAAGGUGAACAGCGAGAGACAUUCUCAGCGCUGUGACACAGAACUCAAGCUUUCGGUAGCACGGAAAAUGAAAGAUGAGGAAGCUUUUUACUAUCCCCACAAUAUGGACUUCCGGGGACGUGCAUAUCCCAUGCCCCCGCACUUAAAUCAUCUUGGCUCUGAUUUGUGUCGGGGUGUUUUGGAGUUUGCUGAGGGAAGGCCUCUGGGAAUUUCAGGCUUACGCUGGCUGAAGAUACACUUAGCAAACUUGUAUGCUGGUGGUGUAGAUAAGUUAUCACUUGAUGGACGGCUAGCUUUCACUGAAAAUCACUUGGAUGACAUAUUUGAUUCGGCAGACAGACCACUUGAAGGAAGCAGAUGGUGGCUACAGGCUGAAGACCCAUUUCAGUGCUUAGCUGUCUGCAUAAAUCUGACUGAAGCUCUGAGAAGCCCAUCCCCAGAGACAGUUCUGUCACAUAUUCCUAUACAUCAGGAUGGUUCCUGCAAUGGUUUGCAGCAUUAUGCCGCUCUUGGGAGAGACACAUUAGGAGCAGAAGCUGUUAAUCUAGUUGCAGGUGAGAAGCCGGCAGAUGUUUAUUCAGGAAUAGCUACCAGGGUUCUUGAUAUUAUGCGCCGAGAUGCAGACAGAGAUCCUGAAGCUUUUCCAGAUGCAUUGCGUGCAAGAAAAUUACUUAACCAGGUGGAUCGUAAGCUUGUAAAGCAGACGGUUAUGACAUCAGUCUAUGGUGUCACCUACAUUGGCGCUCGGGAUCAAAUAAAGAGAAGGUUGAAGGAACGGAGUGAUUUUGGUGAUGAAAAGGAAAUUUUUGGGGCUGCUUGCUAUGCAGCAAAGGUAACAUUAGCUGCUAUAGAUGAGAUGUUUCAAGCUGCACGCGCCAUCAUGCGUUGGUUUGGUGAUUGUGCGAAGAUUAUUGCUUCAGAAAAUGAAACAGUUCGAUGGACAACCCCAUUAGGUCUUCCUGUUGUACAACCUUACCACCAAAUGGGAACAAAACUCGUAAAGACAUCCCUCCAGACCCUAUCGCUUCAGCAUGAAACUGAUCAGGUCAUUGUGAGGCGACAGAGGACAGCUUUUCCUCCAAAUUUUAUUCACUCCCUGGAUGGGUCUCAUAUGAUGAUGACUGCAGUUGCCUGCAAAAGAGCAGGCGUAUGUUUUGCAGGGGACAGUUUCGUCUUUGGGGAUCUAAUCUUGUUGAACGUGAUGAAGUCUGGGAGUGCGGCGAAAUUGAUAGUAGAGGCGCUUCUUCAGCGUUUCCUGCCUCUCGCAAGACGACGAAUCGAGACAGCUCAGGCUCAGGAUGGACAGUACCUUCGUCCAUCAGAUCCUGCUUAUGAGCAGGUGUUGGAUUCAUUGGCUAUGAUUGCGCGUCAUACACCUGUUCCUCUUUUAGAAGCUCUUCUUAGGUGGAGGGAAAGUGAAUCACCUAAAGGUGCAAAUGAUGCAUCGACUUUCCAGAGAAAGUUGGCUGUGGAGUGCAUCUUCUGCUCAGCUUGCAUUCGCUUUGUGGAGUGUUGCCCGCAGGAAGGGCUCACUGAGAAGCUAUGGUCUGGACUUGAGAACUUUGUUUUUGAUUGGCUAAUCAACGCUGACAGGGUUGUUAGCCAAGUGGAAUACCCAUCGCUGGUCGAUUUGAGGGGUCUCCUUCUUGACUUGGUUGCUCAACUCCUGGGUGCACUAUCCCGUAUUAGAUUCAGCUCUGUCACGGAGCGGUUUUUCAUGGAACUCAAUACUCGCCGGAUUGAUACAAGUGUUGCAAGAAGUGAAACUCUCAGCAUCAUUAAUGGGAUGCGAUACUUGAAGCUUGGGGUUAAGAGUGAGGGUGGGUUGAAUGCGUCUGCCUCCUUUGUAGCAAAAGCAAACCCUCUUAUCCGUGAUAUACACAAACGUAAAAGUGAGCUUUAUCAUGCGCUUUGCAAUAUGCUUUCUAACAUUUUGGCGCCACUUUCCGAUGGUGGCAAAAGCCAGUGGCCUCCUUCAGUUGCAGAGCCUGCACUGACACUCUGGUAUGAGGCUGUGGGACGCAUUAGAGUGCAGCUAAUCCAGUGGAUGGAGAAACAGAGUAAACAUCUUGGUGUUGGCUAUCCGCUUGUGAGUCUUCUUCUCUGUCUCGGUGACCCACUUAUAUUUCAUCAUAAUUUAAGCUCUCACAUGGAACAACUGUACAAGCUUCUGAGAGAUAAGAACCAUCGCUACAUGGCACUUGAUUGUCUUCACCGGGUGUUGAGGUUUUAUUUGAGUGUCUAUGCUUCCUCCCAACCACCAAAUCGUAUAUGGGAUUACUUGGAUAGUGUGACAUCACAAUUGCUAACAGUUCUGAGAAAAGGAAUGCUCACUCAGGAUGUCCAACAAGAUAAACUAGUUGAGUUCUGUGUGACCAUAGCUGAACAUAACCUUGACUUCGCUAUGAAUCACAUGUUACUAGAACUGUUAAAACAAGAUAGUCCAAGCGAAGCAAAGAUUAUUGGUCUUCGUGCUUUGCUUGCCCUCGUUAUGUCACCUUCAAGCCAGUAUGUUGGGUUGGAGAUAUUUAAGGGUCAUGGAAUAGGCCAUUACAUACCUAAGGUGAAAGCAGCAAUUGAGUCAAUUUUAAGAUCCUGCCACAGGACCUAUAGUCAAGCUCUUCUAACAUCAUCGAGGACUACAAUAGAUGCUGUGAAUAAAGAAAAGUCUCAAGGGUCUCUCUUCCAGUCAGUGCUGAAGUGCAUACCUUAUCUAAUUGAGGAAGUUGGUCGGAGUGAUAAGAUCACGGAAAUAAUACCUCAGCACGGUAUAAGUAUUGAUCCUGGAGUUCGAGUGGAAGCAGUGCAAGUUCUGAACCGGAUUGUUAGAUACCUUCCUCAUCGUCGUUUUGCAGUCAUGAGAGGGAUGGCAAACUUCAUCUUAAAGCUUCCUGAUGAAUUCCCACUCCUCAUUCAAGCAUCACUAGGACGCCUGUUGGAACUCAUGCGUUUCUGGAGGGCUUGUUUAGUAGAUGACAGACAAGAUACUGAUGCUGAGGAAGAAAAGAAAACAGCAAAGGCAAAUGAUAGGUUCAAGAAAUUAUCUUUUCAUCAAGCAGCAGAUGCAAUUGAGUUUCGCGCUGCUGAUAUUGAUGCUGUUGGGCUAAUUUUUCUUAGUUCAGUCGACAGCCAGAUUCGGCACACUGCGCUAGAAUUAUUGCGAUGUGUACGUGCAUUGAGAAAUGAUAUUCGGGAUCUCAUGAUUCAAGAGCACCCAGACCAUGUUAUGAAAUUUGAAGCUGAACCCAUAUACAUGAUCGAUGUCUUAGAAGAACAUGGGGAUGAUAUUGUUCAAAGUUGCUACUGGGAUUCUGCCCGUCCUUUUGAUUUAAGACGAGAUUCCGAUGCCAUUCCUUCUGAUGUGACUCUUCAAUCCAUAAUCUUUGAGAGCCUUGAUAAAAACAAAUGGGGUCGGUGUCUCAGCGAGCUUGUUAAAUAUGCUGCUGAGCUCUGCCCACGCUCUGUUCAAGAAGCCAAGUCUGAAAUUAUGCACCGCCUUGCCCAUAUUACACCGGUUGAGUUUGGUGGAAAGGCAAGCCAGUCACAAGAUACAGAUAACAAACUGGAUCAAUGGCUUCUGUAUGCUAUGUUUGUGUGUUCGUGUCCACCUGAUGGCAAAGAUGCGGGUAGCAUUGCAUCAACUAGAGACAUGUACCACCUUAUUUUCCCUUAUCUCAGAUUUGGGUCAGAAACCCACAACCAUGCUGCGACUAUGGCUCUUGGGCGCUCGCAUUUGGAAGCAUGUGAAAUUAUGUUUAGCGAGCUUGCAUCUUUCAUGGAGGAGAUUUCAUCAGAGACAGAGACGAAGCCAAAGUGGAAGAUCCAAAAAGGAGGUCGCAGAGAGGACCUUCGUGUUCAUGUUUCUAAUAUAUAUCGAACAGUGUCUGAGAAUGUCUGGCCUGGAAUGCUUGCUCGUAAACCAGUUUUCCGCCUCCAUUAUCUGCGGUUUAUUGAAGAUUCAACAAGACAGAUAUCGUUAGCACCUCAUGAAAGCUUUCAGGACAUGCAGCCUCUGCGCUAUGCACUUGCAUCUGUUUUAAGAUUCCUUGCCCCUGAAUUUGUUGAAUCAAAAUCAGAGAAAUUUGAUGUUAGAAGUAGGAAACGUCUAUUCGAUCUGCUUCUUUCCUGGUCUGAUGAUACGGGAAGUACGUGGGGACAGGAUGGUGUUAGUGAUUAUCGCCGUGAAGUAGAGCGCUAUAAGACCUCGCAGCAUAACCGGUCAAAAGAUUCUGUAGACAAGAUUUCUUUUGACAAGGAACUGAAUGAGCAAAUUGAAGCCAUACAGUGGGCCUCAUUGAAUGCAAUGGCUUCCCUUCUGUAUGGACCGUGUUUUGAUGACAAUGCAAGAAAAAUGAGCGGCCGUGUGAUAUCUUGGAUAAAUAGUUUGUUCAUCGAGCCUGCUCCCAGGGUCCCUUUUGGUUACUCGCCUGCUGAUCCAAGAACUCCAUCUUACUCCAAAUACACAGGAGAAGGUGGACGAGGGGCAACAGGCCGUGAUAGGCAUCGAGGCGGUCAUCAACGUGUUGCGUUGGCAAAAUUGGCUCUGAAGAAUCUUCUACUUACAAACUUGGAUCUCUUUCCAGCCUGCAUUGAUCAGUGUUACUACUCUGAUGCGGCUAUAGCUGAUGGGUACUUCAGUGUGUUGGCUGAGGUUUACAUGCGACAAGAAAUACCAAAAUGUGAAAUCCAGAGGCUCUUGAGUCUAAUUCUCUACAAGGUAGUCGAUCCAUCUAGACAAAUUCGCGAUGAUGCUCUUCAGAUGCUUGAGACACUUUCUAUGCGUGAGUGGGCUGAGGAUGGUAUAGAAGGUUCAGGAGGCUAUAGAGCAGCAGUUGUAGGUAAUCUUCCAGAUUCAUAUCAACAGUUCCAGUACAAGCUCUCCUGCAAACUCGCCAAGGAUCAUCCUGAGUUAAGCCAGCUGCUUUGUGAAGAAAUUAUGCAGCGUCAGCUUGAUGCUGUUGAUAUAAUUGCUCAGCAUCAGGUCUUGACCUGUAUGGCUCCAUGGAUUGAGAACCUUAAUUUCUGGAAACUCAAGGAUUCGGGUUGGAGUGAAAGAUUACUGAAAAGUCUUUACUAUGUCACAUGGCGACAUGGGGAUCAAUUCCCUGAUGAAAUUGAAAAACUUUGGAGUACCAUUGCUAGUAAGCCCAGAAACAUCAGCCCUGUAUUGGAUUUCUUGAUCACAAAGGGAAUUGAGGACUGUGAUUCAAAUGCAUCUGCCGAAAUAACUGGUGCAUUUGCUACAUAUUUUUCAGUUGCUAAACGUGUAAGUUUGUACCUAGCACGGAUAUGUCCUCAGCGUACUAUUGAUCACCUGGUUUACCAACUGUCACAGCGGAUGCUGGAAGACAGUAUUGAACCCAUUGGUUAUAGUGCAAACCGGGGUGAUUCCAAUGGAAACUUUGUGCUGGAGUUCUCUCAAGGACCUGCCACAGCACCUCAAGUUGCUUCAGUUGCAGACAGCCAACCACAUAUGUCACCACUUCUUGUCCGUGGCUCCCUUGAUGGUCCCCUUAGGAAUACAAGUGGAAGUCUAAGCUGGAGAACAGCAGGCAUGACUGGGCGAAGUGCUUCUGGGCCUUUAAGUCCAAUGCCUCCUGAGUUGAAUAUUGUUCCUGUAGCUACUGGUCGUUCUGGUCAGCUCCUGCCAUCAUUGGUGAAUGCAUCAGGACCUUUAAUGGGAGUUCGUAGCUCUACAGGAAGUUUGAGGAGCCGCCAUGUCUCUCGUGAUAGUGGAGAUUACCUCAUCGAUACACCAAAUUCUGGAGAAGAUGUGUUGCAUUCUGGGAUCGCAAUGCACGGCGUCAAUGCAAAGGAACUUCAAUCAGCUUUGCAGGGACAUCAACAGCAUUCACUCACUCAUGCCGAUAUAGCUCUGAUUCUUCUUGCAGAAAUCGCAUAUGAGAAUGAUGAAGAUUUUAGGGAACAUCUGCCUUUGCUCUUCCACGUCACUUUUGUUUCGAUGGAUAGCUCUGAAGACAUUGUGCUAGAGCAUUGUCAACAUUUGCUUGUGAAUUUGUUGUACUCACUAGCGGGUCGGCAUUUGGAGCUAUAUGAGGUGGAGAACAGUGAUGGAGAGAAUAAACAACAGGUUGUAAGUUUAAUUAAGUAUGUGCAAUCAAAACGAGGAAGCAUGAUGUGGGAGAAUGAAGAUCCAACGGUUGUGAGAACAGAUCUUCCUAGUGCCGCUCUUUUGUCUGCACUUGUUCAGAGUAUGGUUGAUGCUAUAUUCUUCCAAGGAGAUCUUCGAGAAACUUGGGGAACUGAAGCUCUCAAAUGGGCUAUGGAAUGCACGUCUAGACAUCUAGCAUGUCGGUCACACCAAAUAUACCGUGCGCUUCGGCCAAGUGUGACAAGUGAUGCAUGUGUCUCCCUUCUACGCUGUCUUCAUCGAUGUCUUAGCAAUCCCAUUCCUCCAGUUUUGGGUUUUAUUAUGGAAAUCCUUCUGACGCUACAAGUCAUGGUAGAGAACAUGGAGCCAGAGAAAGUCAUACUCUACCCACAGCUCUUCUGGGGCUGUGUCGCCAUGAUGCACACAGACUUCGUCCAUGUCUAUUGCCAGGUUCUUGAGCUUUUCUCCCGUAUUAUUGACCGUCUAUCAUUUCGUGACAAAACAACUGAAAAUGUACUCUUGUCAAGUAUGCCUCGGGAUGAAUUCAACACUAAUGAUUUGGGGGAAUUCCAAAGGUCAGAAUCUAGAGGGUACGAGAUGCCGCCGUCAAGUGGAACUCUUCCAAAGUUCGAAGGUGUACAACCUCUUGUCCUCAAAGGACUGAUGUCUACUGUUAGCCACGAGUUCUCUAUUGAGGUCCUAUCAAGGAUUUCAGUGCCUUCAUGUGACUCUAUAUUUGGCGAUGCUGAGACAAGACUCCUUAUGCAUAUCACAGGUCUACUUCCUUGGCUUUGCUUGCAGCUGAGCCAAGACCAAGUCAUGAUUUCUGCGUUACCACUCCAGCAGCAGUAUCAAAAGGCAUGUUCUGUGGCAACUAACAUUGCUGUCUGGUGUCGGGCGAAAUCACUCGAUGAAUUGGCUACAGUUUUUGUUGCAUAUGCUCGUGGGGAGAUUAAAAGAGUUGAAAAUCUCCUUGCAUGUGUCUCUCCUCUGCUCUGCAACAAAUGGUUCCCGAAACACUCAGCUUUAGCUUUCGGUCACUUGUUAAGACUGCUAAAAAAAGGACCAGUGGAUUACCAGCGAGUCAUAUUACUUAUGCUCAAGGCAUUGCUCCAACACACUCCCAUGGAUGCUUCGCAGAGUCCCUACAUGUACACAAUCGUUUCGCAGCUAGUCGAAAGCACUCUGUGUUGGGAGGCACUGAGUGUUCUCGAAGCUCUUCUUCAGAGCUGCAGCCCGGUACAAGGGGGCACCGGUGGAUCCCACCCUCAAGAUUUCAGUUACUCUGAAAACGGGGCUGAUGAGAAAACGCUUGUACCUCAGACUUCUUUUAAAGCCCGAAGCGGACCCCUUCAGUACGCAAUGAUGGCUGCAACAAUGUCGCAACCUUUCCCUCUCAGUGCAGCUGCAGCAGAGUCAGGGAUACCUCCGAGAGAUGUGGCUUUGCAGAACACAAGGCUAAUGUUGGGCCGGGUUCUUGAUAAUUGCGCUCUAGGAAGAAGAGAUUACAGAAGAUUGGUGCCUUUUGUCACAACGAUCGCAAACAUGUAACAUUUUCAGUAAAGUUUUGCAAUUUUUUUGGUUAUUUGUAUGAUUUUCAGAAGUUUUAAAGAAGCAAUGUGUUUGUGUGUGAAUAGUUUGGUGUCGUAGCAACUAACUUGUAUGGUCGUGGUUAGUAGAGUUCCAAUGUAUUCCAAACAUAAGGAAAGAUUUAUUUGUUACUUUAUCAUAAUUAUGAUCGCGAAGAACUAAUAGAUGGUGAAGUCAACC